AUUUAGAGAGAUGUUUGCCGAGAGACAAGUAACUGAUCAUCCUGCUUUACAUGUUACACGAUCAUCGCGUGAUAAUCAUGGAGUUUAUUUCCUUUGAUAUGUUUGACAACAAUACUGACAAUACCUCCGAGGAGUCAGGAGACUUUGACUUGGACUUCCAGGAGCCAUGCGGCAGUGCGCUCAGCAACACUUUCAACAAGAUCUUCCUGCCUACAGUUUACGGAAUUAUAUUUAUUCUGGGCAUCAUCGGCAAUGGAUUAGUCGUUGUUGUCAUUGGCUUCCAGAGAAGAGCUAGAACAAUGACAGACAAGUACCGGCUUCAUCUCUCCGUCGCUGACCUAAUGUUUGUGCUCACGUUGCCUUUUUGGGCUGUGGAUGCAGCAAGCAACUGGUACUUCAGAGGGUUUCUCUGUGUGUUUGUGCACUCGAUCUACACAGUCAACCUGUACAGCAGUGUGUUAAUCCUGGCCUUCAUCAGUCUAGACAGGUACCUGGCAGUCGUUAGGGCCACAAACAGCCAAGCCACAAGAAAGCUGCUUGCCAGCAGAGUGAUCUAUGUGGGUGUUUGGCUGCCUGCGGCUGUGCUGACUGUACCGGACCUGGUGUUCGCAAGGGUGCGCAACACAGGCUCUUCAAACUUCCUCUUCACCGCCGAUAGCAUGGAGACUGCAGACCCCAGGAUAAUCUGCCAGCGCAUUUACCCGCAGGAAACCAGUCUCAUCUGGACGGUUGUUUUCCGCUUCCAGCAUAUUCUGGUGGGCUUCAUUCUUCCCGGCCUUGUCAUCCUCAUCUGUUACUGUAUCAUCAUCGCCAAGCUGUCGGAAGGCACCAAAGGACAGGCCCUGAAGAAGAAAGCAUUAAAGACCACGGUCAUCCUCAUCCUGUGUUUCUUCACCUGCUGGCUGCCCUACUGUGUUGGCAUCUUUUUUGACACCCUCAUGAUGCUCAACGUUGUCUCGACCUCCUGUGCACUGCAACAAGCAGUGGAGAAGUGGAUAUCCAUCACUGAGGCGCUGGCCUAUUUCCAUUGCUGCCUAAACCCAAUACUCUAUGCUUUUCUGGGAGUAAAGUUCAAGAAAUCCGCAAGGAGUGCGCUAACAGCUAACAGCAAAUCAAGUCAGAAACUCAUGACGAAAAAAAGAGGGCCAAUUUCAUCUGUGUCAACUGAGUCUGAGUCCUCAAGUGUUUUUUCAAGUUAACAGUUCAAAUUCAGAGCUGGUGACUUUAUCCUUUGAAAAGAUGUAUGAAAACUAAACUCAGAUUUACUUCUUUUUUUUCCAAAGAAUUUAAGACAUUCAUUCCCUAAUUUAUAAAUGGAGUUUUUGUACAUUAAGAGUUUUGACUCAUUUACUGCAAUUUGGAUGUAUGUUGUCAAGAUACAUUUUCCUCAUUGUCAUCUUUGCAAUCUGUGUUUGCUGUAUAAAAGCUCAUGCACACAUUGCCCCUUUCUGUUUCAGGGAUUGUAGCUGCUCUUGGAUACCUGUACAUAGUUUUAAAGUAUUUGUAUGUGUGCACUUAAGUUGUGUAAUAACCUGAAAGCAAUUAUUUAUUUUCAGUCAUUCACACUGGACGAUUUGUAAAAGAAAUAAAUUGCAUGCUGCUUUUUUAAAAAAAAAACAUUUUUUUAAUGUACAAAUAAAAAUUCAAUGUUUCUCAUAA